AUGAAUAAUCCGGAACUGAUCACUUGUCUUCGGGAGAUAAAUUUGUCGACAACUGAAAGAGUUGUAGCCGGUAUUGUGUUCACUGUUGCGACAGUUGCUGGUUUAGUGAUUAAUAUAAUGCUGUUGUUAACCUACCAUAUUUUAUGGCCUAAUCUCAAAAAUACAGUUAGCUAUCAUAUGACACUGUCGUUAGCAAUAGCAUCAGUAGCUCUUCUGACUGUAAAUCUUUAUGUACAAAUUCCCUGUACAUUCACCUUAUGUACGUUUUAUUACGAAGAUCGAACAAUGAUUUUUGUAGUUUGGCUGGAAAGUUUAGCAUCCUAUACCACAACAUUUACUAAUUGCAUUAUUGCUGUUGAGCGUAUAUCCCUGUUUACAUCAAGAAUUGCAACAGAUUUUAUCUCAAAAUACUAUAGAAUUGUUAUUAUCUUACCGUGGAUUUUUGGCUUUUCUGUGGCUAUUACAACUACAGCAAUUGGUUGUUAUAGAAGGUAUUUAUUAUCAAUUAUAGCAUUCAUUUUUUUUUUUUUUUUGAAGAUUUUUUGA